AUGUAAGAAAAAGGGGUAUAAAUACAAAUAAAAAUAAAAGCAGAAAGAUAAAAUAAAAAAGAUCAAAAAAGAGGUCAAGUAUUUGUUACUAACAAAAUUAAUAUAAACAAAAAAGUCAAAAGAUUUUUAUUAAGAAAAAAGAAAUAUAAGAAAUAAAUAAAAAUGGCUAAAGGUCAAGCUGUUGGUAUUAAUAAGGGUUUCAUUACUACUUAAUUAGAAAAGAAGCUUUAAAAGCACUCUGCUGUCUAAAGAAAGGGUAAACUUGGUAAGAGAGUUGCUUUAGUUAGACAAGUCAUUAGAGAAGUCACUGGUUUCGCUCCUUAUGAAAAGAGAAUUAUCGAACUCAUUAAGGCUGGUUCUGCCAAGGACUCCAAGAAGGCCACUAAGAUUGCCAGAAAGAGACUUGGUACCCACAGAAGAGCUAAGGUGAAAAAAGCUUUACUCGAAGAAGCUGUCAGAGCCCAAAGAAAGAAAUGA